AUGUUAUCUGAAUGGAUGAACAUUUCCUUAACACAGUUAAAUUGGCUAUCAAAUGUUUCUGCCAUACUUACUACACUUGUCUCAUUGUUAUCUCCUCUUGCUUAUGACGUCUUGGGCAUAAAGCUAUCUCUUAUAUUAUGCGGAAUACUGAAUGCAGUAGGAUGCUGGGUUCGGACGAUAUCAAUCAUGGUGCUUCCUGAAAAAAGAUACGCUAUAUUUAUGACUGGACAAGCUAUUGCAAGCUUGGGUGGACCAUUAGCUUAUAACAUUGGUGCAAAGUUUGUCUCGGUCUGGUUUGCACCAAAGCACAGAGGAAUUGCAAACACCUGUUUAUGUAAGAGCAAAAACUCACUCUUAUUUCUUCAUGACCUCACCGUUGCUCUCUAUCCAGCUGUUCAAAUUGGCAUGGCCCUUGGUCCAUUAAUUUUGCCUCUGAAGCCAUCUGUGCCUCCCUGCCUAUCAGCAACUGUAGAAAGGGAGCCAUUUUUGGUUGGAUUAAGACACCUUUCCAAAAAUAUAAGAUUCUGGUGGCUGACUUUACUAGCGUCAGUAACUGCAGGCAUGACUUUCUCAGUUUCCCUACUGAUCAUAGAAGCCCUCACGCCUUUUGGAUACAGUGAACAAAGCUCUGGCUUAUGCGCGGCCUCAGUAGUGUUAGCAGGAUGUAUAGGUGGACUCACUACCGGUUACUGGAUCGGUAAGACGGCUCAGCAUCUUAUGCUUCUCAAGCUAUUUACUCCAAUGUCUGUAUUCAGUUAUUUCUUAUUUAUUUUCAAUUUUAUACCCAACGCCUUUCCAAUUGUUCUUUUGACAUGCAUCAUAAACGGUUUCUUUUGUUAUGCACUAUUUCCUAUUUAUUUUGAAUUAGCCGCUGAAAUAACAUACCCUGUCUCAGAAUCAAUCAGCUCAUAUGCUUUACGAGCAGGUCCAGACAGUGUGCCGCCUUAUAAUAUGAAUGCCUCAAUGAUAUUUGUGGUCAUAGCUGUUGCAAUUGGUAAUCUACCUUGCUUUUGGCUAAAAGGAGAUUUGAAUCGAUUGAAAGCUGAUAAAGCAGAUCAAAAUGACUGUCCUGUUCUAUAA